GAAAUGCUUCCCCUCCACGUAGCAACCCACUCGGCCCUCCGUGUCUCGUCUUCACGCUUCCCAACGUUUUAUAGCGCAAACAGCGCAGCUUCUGAGCAUGAUCACAAUAUCCAUAUCCGUCCCUAUCGUCUUCUUGCUUCGAGUGUGAGCACCGAAAUACGAUCCGUUUUUGUGUCUCUGUGAAGGCAGCGAGGGCAGCUGUUGCGAGAUGAAGAGGCUUCUUGUUCAUGGGGGGAGGGGAAUGGAUUGCUAUCCCUCCAGGAGUCUGGUGGGCAAAUCCUCUGUCCUGCCUGCGCUUGGCAACAACGUUCUGCCCAGGUAUCACUCGACCGAGAGACACGACGACACGGUGACCGGCGGUGAAAUCGGAGAGAAGGCAAGGACGACAGCAGAGGAGUUCCUGAAGAUAGCCAAGGAAAAGACCGACGAGGUCAGCGAGGGCGCAAAGGAGACGAUGCAGGAGACCAAGGAAGCGGUGUUCGGGGAGUCGGACGACGAGAAGGAUAAGUUCAAACAGAGGGUUGAGGAGGGGAGGUACCAUCAGAAAUAAAGUGGCAUUGCAAAGUGUCCUGCUGUAUCCUUGCUUGCAGCCAUUGCCAUGCCUUGUCCAAGUCGUUAGCUGCUCUGUAGCUCACUCAGUAUCUGUCAAGCUCUAGCUUGGCUUUUUUAGGUAUUAGGUAUGUGUAAUGUGUUUUGAGUUUCCUUUCCCCUCUUCAGUUGGGUUGCAUUUAGUACUAGAUGUUGCCCUUGUAGACUAAAUAAGGUUUGCCUUUAGCCAUCAGCGUUCUUUGGUGCUACGUAUACUACAUGACAUUCCCCGCGGAAUGAAUAAGAUUGAGCUUCUGAAAAUUGUUCUCA